UAAAGUGUGAGUCAAAGUACUGCCAUCUACAACAACAGCUGUAUAGAUAGCGGUGAACAGUUUAUGAGCUGGGGCCCACUAAUACCACUUGAAAACUGUAUUCUCGCGAUCUAGUGCGUCAAAACACCAGUAAAUAUUUUUGAUGUCGGUUUGUUAAAUAAAAUCCAGUGAAAAAGUAAGAUUCAUUUUUUUUUUUAAAUAAAUAUACUCUUUCAAUUCGAGUAUGGUCAGAGUACUAGAAUAUUGGGCGGCUAAAGCAACAGGCAAUCACGUCGUAAACGAUCAGGAUGACCCCCUGGAUUGGUGGCAAACUGCAGUAUUCUACCAGAUUUAUCCGAGAUCCUUCAAGGAUAGCAACGGUGACGGUGUGGGAGACCUCAAAGGUAUCGAGGAAAAAGCUGAUCACUUUAAGGACUUGGGAAUCGACUGUGUUUGGUUGUCACCCAUUUUUAAAUCGCCCAUGGCGGACUUUGGAUACGAUAUUUCUGAUUACAAUCAAGUGGACGGUAUAUUCGGGACAAUCGAGGAUUUCGAAUCUCUUCAAAAAAAAUUAAACGAAUUAGGUGUCAAAUUAAUUUUAGACUUUGUACCUAAUCAUUCAAGUGACGAACAUGAAUGGUUUAAAAUGUCUGUGGAAAAUAUUGCCCCCUAUUCAGAUUUUUAUAUUUGGAAAGAUGGUAAAACUGAUGAAAAAGGAAACAGAAUACCUCCAAACAACUGGCAAAGUUUGUUUAGCAACUCAGCAUGGACGUGGAACGAAAAACGAGGAAAAUAUUAUUUACAUCAGUUCGAUCCCAAACAACCAGAUUUGAAUUACAGAAACAAACAGUUAGUGGAAAACAUGAAAGACAAUUUGAGAUUCUGGCUGGACCGCGGUGUAGACGGGUAUAGAGUGGAUGCGGUACCAUUUUUGUUCGAAGAUCCAAAUUUGUACGAUGAACCGAUCAAUCCCGAGGGGUCUAGUUCGUUAAACACUUAUGGGCUAUAUGAUCAUCCAUUUACCAAAGACUUGCCUGAAACAUAUGAAAUGAUUUCGGAAUUCAGGAGUGUAAUGGAUGAAUAUAAAAAUAAAGACGGAAGAACUAGAGUCAUGAUAACUGAAGCUUAUUCAACCAUCGAAAACACCAUGCUAUAUUAUGGAAAUGAACUCAGUCCGGGAGCUCAUAUGCCGUUCAAUUUCGGAUUAAUCGACCAAAUAAACGACCAGUCAAAUGCCAAGGAUUUUAGUGUCGCCGUGCAUACUUGGUUAGAUAAUUUGCCUCGUGGACGAAGUGCUAACUGGGUGAUAGGAAACCACGACCAACCUCGAGUGGCCACGCGUUUUGGCAGAGAGAUGGUGGACGGCAUGAACAUGGUCAACCUGUUGUUGCCCGGAGCCGCGUUCACGUAUAUGGGCGAAGAGAUAGGCAUGGAGGACAAUAACAUACGUUGGGAUCAAACGGUAGAUCCCAGCGGACUUAACGUCGGCCAGGCAGGCUACAGGUCGCUGAGCCGGGAUCCCUGCCGCAGUCCUUACCAGUGGAACGCCAGUGCAAACAGUGGAUUUUCAUCGAACCUCACCACGUGGUUGCCGUUAAACCCAAACUAUUGGUCGGUUAACUUGGAAGCGCAAAAAAAACAAAGCCGAAGUCACUACUCAGUAUACAAGCGGCUGAUUCAGUUGAGAAAAACGCGGACCGUACAAAGGGGAUCGUUCGAAGAUCACAUAUUGUCUCGAUGGGUAUUCGCUUUCACCAGAACUCGACCCGGAAGCGAAACUUACUUGGUGGUUUUGAAUGUAGGUUCAGAAGACGAACAAGUGGACUUGUCGGCAAUAUCGAUUUCAGAUUCCACUUGGUUAGUGCACACGCCUAGUGUUAACUCACAGUAUUCGACGGGUGACAAAAUUGAAGCCAACAGUUUUACAAUGAGACCAAAGUCGUCGUUGGUGUUGACGAACAAGAAAUGUUUACAACCUUCUUGCUGUAAAUUCAUAAUAACCGCUGCUGUUGUCGUGGCUCUAGGCUGGGCUAUUUCGACCAUUUUCCAACAUUGAGAAUUUAAUUAUACUUUUUGUUAAUUAACAAUACAAAUAAAAUUGCAUAAAAAGCAUCAUAAUGCAGUACUACUUAAUUAAUAUGAUUACAAUUAUAAAUGAAGCAGGCAAUGAAAACAAUGGAAAAACACGUAAACAUGUUACAAAAUGUUCCUAUCAGUAGG